AGGGAUUGGGAGGCUUCUGGGAAAAAAUGGCAGCUUCCUUUUGUUUGUGAAGAUUUGCUGUGCUGGGAGUGAGCAGUUAAAGGCGUUUUUCAGCGGAAACCCGGGUCUCCUUCACGUAUUUGGGGAUCGCCCUACCAUUCGCCCAAACUAUAGAAGAUGGAGAAGAGCGGGAGCAUCGACAGUUUGGGCUCAAAACCCUCCUCCUCCCGACAACCAAGCGUUGAUUCAUUGUCCAGCACGUCCACCUCUCGCUCAGACCGCUCUGCUCAGGCCAAGCCACCGUCCGCUUUGUCCUCCGACUCGGUGUCGACCUCUGCAGAGUUCUCUCCAGAGCUCCGGGUAAAGCCCAAAGCUGCUGCCAAGAAGGUGCAUAGAGACUCGGACAAAGAAGAACCACAGUUGCUUCCAAAUGAAACUGUGCAAGAUAUGGCAGAUGACAUUACCUACUUCUGUCCUUUCACCGGAGCGCUGAGGGGGACAGUGAUGGUCACCAACUACAGGCUUUUUUUUAAAUCCAUGGACAGGGAGCCAGCAUUUAUGCUGGAUUUGCCUCUCGGAGUGGUAACUCGUGUGGAAAAAAUCGGAAAUACUUCGAGCCGCGCAGAUGUGUCCUAUGGAGUAGUUUGCAAGGAUAUGCGUAAUCUACGAUUUGCUCACAAACUGUUUGAGGACACUCUCAAGAAGUCGGUUUUUGAAGUUUUGAUGAAAUUUGCGUUUCCUGUUUCCAACGGGCUGCAAAUCUUUGCCUUUGAAUACGGGCAAGUUUUUCCUGAGAACGGAUGGAAGGUGUAUGAUCCCAUAUCUGAGUACAAAAGACAGGGUAUACCCAACGAAAGCUGGAGGAUAGCAAAAGUAAACGACCACUUUGAGCUGUGUGAUACAUACCCAUCAACUCUGGUGGUUCCAGUCAACAUACCAGAUGAAGAGAUGAAGAGGGUGGCAGCUUUUAGAGUGAAGGGCAGGAUACCUGUGCUGUCGUGGAUCCAUCCAGAGAGCCAAGCCACGGUGACACGCUGCAGCCAGCCGAUGGUCGGGGUGAACGGGAAGCGCAGCAAAGAGGAUGAGAAAUACCUGCAGGCUAUCAUGGAUGCUAAUGCUCAGUCCCAUAAGCUUUUUAUUUUUGAUGCCAGACCCGGCGUCAACGCUGCUGCCAACAAGAUGAAAGGCGGUGGAUAUGAAAGCGAGGAUGCGUAUCAGAACGCUGAACUUGUGUUCUUGGACAUCCACAAUAUUCACGUAAUGAGGGAGUCUCUGCGCAAACUGAAAGAUGCCGUUUAUCCCAAUAUCCAGGACUCCCACUGGCUCUCCAAUCUGGAGUCCACUCACUGGCUCGAGCACAUCAAGUUGAUCCUGGCAGGAGCACUGAGGAUCGCAGACAAGGUGGAGUCCGGAAAAACGUCUGUGGUGGUGCACUGCAGCGACGGCUGGGACAGGACAGCCCAGCUCACCUCUCUGUCCAUGCUGAUGCUGGACGGUUACUACAGAACCAUCCGCGGCUUUGAGGUUUUGCUCGAGAAAGAGUGGCUAAGUUUUGGACAUCGCUUCCAGCUGCGUAUCGGUCACGGUGAUAAAAACCACACCGAUGCCGAUCGCUCGCCUGUUUUUAUCCAGUUCAUCGACUGCGUGUGGCAGUUGACUCGACAGUUUCCUGCAGCUUUUGAGUUUAACGAAUACUUCCUGGUAACCAUCCUGGAUCACCUGUACAGCUGCCUGUUUGGGACAUUCCUGUGUAACAGCGAACAGCAAAGGUUGAAGGAAGAGAUCCCCAAGAGGACAGUCUCGCUGUGGUCCUACAUUAACAGCCAGCUUGAGGAGUUCACCAACCCAAUGUAUGUAAACUAUUCAAACCAGGUGCUGUUCCCUGUUGUCAGCUUACGCCACCUGGAGCUUUGGGUUGGCUACUACAUCCGCUGGAACCCUCGCAUGAAACCGCAGGAACCUGUUCACCAGCGCUUUAAGGAGCUGCUGGCGAAGCGAGCCGAGCUUCAGAAGAGAGUCGACGAGUUACAGAGGGAGGUGUCAAACCGCUCCGUUUCAUCAUCCUCAGAGAGGGCGGGCUCACCCACACGCUCCAUCACUCCCGUGCAAACCUUUGUUUGACGCAUGAUUUUAUGAAAGCGCAGCCCUGCCUGGGAGAACCUGAUAAAGUAGGAAUCGGUGUCACAACUGGAGCCAAGAAGGACCUGUGUCAAACGGCCUCUUUAGAGGAUUAAUACACUGCCACCAAAUGUUUGAACAGAGUUGUAUCACAAUUAGGGUAGAGUGUGCUAUCAAUGAAGGUUUCUGAGAUCACUGGACAGUAGCCAUAUAUAAUAAACUAGUCCUCUGAGGUAGGAGGACAUGUAAAGAAAAUAAGAAAGGACUUUAAUCCUUGUUGACCAACCCACAAUCCUUCUUUGUUUUAACUACAUUAAUUAUUAUUGAGGUUAAAUGUUUAUGCCUUAUAUGCAUCAAAGGAACACCCCCUUCACUCCUUGAUAUUCAUUUCAAAGCACAGCAGCUGACAGUUUGUGAACGUAGAGUGCUGUGAGAAACCAAACCAAGUAGAAAUAUUUAAGUAUUAGUUUCAAGCUAUAACUAAAAAGAGAUGAUGCUAAUGUUUUCAACAUUUAAAAAAAUGCUUCCCUCUUAUAAAUCAAUCCUUUUAGACUGUUGUGACCAAAUAUCCAUUUUACUUUAAGAACAGAUACUAUGUAUAACAUUCCUUUACUUAACUUUUGUAAGUUUAAUUAUUUAUUAUCUUGUAGUUUAGACUUGUUUUCAUCACUCUAAGCAUCCUCUUUCUAGCCUCGUAAUUUAAUGUUUCUGGAUGAUAUCGCUAAGCUGUAAAGGAUAUGCAAUAAUUUGAGUCAAUUUUGUUCACUAAAUAUAAUAAUUCGAUGAUGUGCCUUUUAUGAUUAAUUGAGAGUAAAACUGAAGUGAAAACUGAGUGCACAACACUUGCAUGAAACACUAAUUAGCCUCAUAAUGUUUUCCUCACAUCUGAACUGUUCAAAUGUUAACUAAAUGCCCUAGUAGCAUUACAGUGAUGAUCUUUAGUUUAAAAAAGUGCCUUUUGUGGUAAAAUAGGAAAGGUUUUCUGGAGCUGACUAUUUGUGGGACUCAUACUGUUAUCUUUUUACGUUGUAGCUUUUAAAUACCCUAUACCCAUUAAACAAACUAAUUUUUCCUAGAUUUUAAUUAGUUUUUUUAUUUAACUCUUUCUGUGUCUACAUGUACAUCUCUGUCACUGAUAUUGCAUUACUGUUCCUCUAAAAUGUUCAGCUAAUAAUGUCAUACACUUUCACAUCAUUCCUUAUGCUGUAUGCACUACCUUUAUUCAUUUAUCUCCUGCAUUGUCAAACUGUAUUGAACUAUUUAAUAAAAGUGACACUGUGAAGUCA